UGCCAACAAAAGUCGCCGACGCAUAAGUUUCUCGCACCAACAUGGGACGCCUCGUGUGUCCAACAUGUCAAUGCACAGAAAUUGACACGCAUGAGGCAAGCGGGGAAUCUGUGUGCGUCUCAUGCGGUACCGUCGUGGAAGCGAACAUGAUUGUGUCGGCCGUCGAGUUCUCGGAGAGUGGCGGUGCACAUUCUGUGAUCGGUCAGAUUGUGUCAGGGAACGCUACCAAGGUCAGCACAAACAUUGGUCUCGGUGGUAAGCACUACGAUUCCGAGAGUCGAGCAGCAACUUUAGCGACUGGUCGAAGACGAAUCAAGCAAGUCGCGGGGAUGCUGCGACUCGGUGAACACUACGUCGAGAGCGCGGAUCGACUCUUUGGGCUCGCCCUGCAACGCAAUUUUACACAUGGCCGAAGGUGGCAGACGAUCGUUGCGGCCUGCCUGUACGUGGUGUGUAGAAGGGAGAAGUCGCCACACUUGCUCAUCGACUUCAGCGACAAGCUCCAGAUCUCAGUCUUCCAACUCGGCGCGGUGUUUCUGAAAUUUUGCCGUCUCCUCCAGCUCAGCAUUCCAUUGAUCGACCCAUCGCUAUACAUCCAUCGUUUCGCGUCGCAGCUUUCACUCGGGUCGCAGAUGCACGUCGUUGCCAUCACAGCAUUGCGGUUAGUAUCAUCCAUGAAGCGCGACUGGAUGGAGACUGGCCGACGACCGUCAGGUAUUUGUGGAGCUGCUCUCUUGAUCGCUGCUCGGUCGCACAACGUGCUGUGCACACUCUCCGAGGUCGCCGAGAUCGUUAGCAUUGGCGAAAACACACUGAAGAAGCGGCUGUCCGAGUUUGCCGUCACGCCCAUGGGCCAGCUCACGUUCGACCAAAUGGGAAAAGUCGAGAUCCAACUCCUCGAGUGCGACCCGCCUUGCUUCUCCAAGAACCGCGAGCGCGAGGCGAUGCAGACGUUGCUGCUCAAAGCUGGCGAAGACUCUGUGGAUGACGCGCAGUGGACCCGCCGCAUCGAACACCAGUGGCAUGAGGCAUCGACGAACCAGGGUAAAGGCAGCAACUCCCACGCACACGGUGCUUCGAAUGGCACGCCCAUCGCACUGCUUGAAGCCGACGAAGAAGACGACUAUGGCUUUCAAGAUGCCAAUGCCACGUUGCUCUCGAACGCGUCGCGGCGGUCUGCCCAGUUGCUCGUGGACUCUGUCCAGAGACGGGGACGGCGGUGGCUUAACAAGCAGCGAGCCGAUGCGGCGCUCUUUGCCACGUUGGAGCAGGAGCUAGCCGACAGCAUCGAAGAAGAAACCACAGCACUCGCGCCGUCAGCAACGCCGGAAGCCUCUGCAAAACGACCACUGCCGAUCGACGACGUGGACGGCGAUGACAUCGACGACGCUGAGAUCGACGCGAUGAUCUUGACCGAGUCCGAGGCCGCAUCCAAGACCAAGCUGUGGGAGACUAUCCAUGCCGAAUAUCUGAAAAGUCAGGCGGAGAAGGAAAAGUACUUGGAUUCGCAGCAGGUGAAGCGAAAAAAGCCCAAGCGACCCAAAACGGUGACAUCCGCCGACGACUUGGCCGAGAUGCCGCUCCCCGAGACAGCGCAACAUGCUAUUUAUACUUUGCAAACCAAGCAGCGCAGCAAGUCGAAGAAUAUCAAUUACGACGUGUUGGCGGAAUUGUUUGCACACGACGGUUAACGCUAAUAAGCAAUUGAUUCGCACCGAGUGGGCAUUGCUUUACUGGGCAUACAGCGGGAUCUGCCACUUCUUGGAAUGGUAUACCGACUCGCCGACCUUCCACCCUGGCACGUUCUUCAUGCGCUCCUUCUCUUGUUCCAAGUAGUGCGCUUCGUUUUGCAGAAACUCAAUGUCUUCUUCCGCUUGUAAGAACGGCAGCAUCGCAAUGCGGCGUUCACGGACUUCGCGGCGCAACGCGCGAACCUCCUGGUUUUGUUGCCCGACCAUGUAAAACCCAAACGACGUCACAGCAAAGCAUGCCGCGAACAUCGACCAGCCGGGAGGUCCACGGACCUCUGGUACGCCGCGGGCGAAGCGAAGCGGGCGGAAGCCGCCCUUGGGAGGCAAAUCUUGAACCGCAGGACCAAAGUGAGGGGUGGCCAUUGGGCAGCGGAGGAAAAC